UACUGUCUUUUCUUGCGUUUUUGCUCUUUCAUGUUGCAUGCCAUUACCAGCUACUUUCUGUUACAUUUACUCACAUACCCGUUUGCAUGUUUUUGAGUUUUGAUGCAUGUUCUCUUUAUGGGCUCAAAGAGGUCAUCUCCAACUCCCUUGGAAGUUGUGCUCUUCAAUUGAUGGUUUGGUUUAUGCAUUCGGAGUGUUCAUAUAAUUUGAUCAGUCUUGUUGUCUUCAUUUUGAUGGAUAUUUUUGGAUGGAUAUUUUUGGUAUUGGAGAUUAGAGAGUUUGUUUCUGCAUAACUUUGAGAAGAACAACACUACUUUAUCUGUCCUCGCAAUGGUUUCAAGGUCAUAUUCCAACCUCUUAGAUCUUGCUUCUGGUGAUGCUCCAAUUCCAAGUUUUGGUCGUGAGAGGAAGAGGUUUCCUCGAGUGGCAACUGUUGCUGGAAUACUGACUGAUCUAGAUGGUGAAAACAAUGUUGGCUCUGAUGCCCCCUCUUCUGUCUCUCUAGGACGGAUGAUUAUUGUGGGGAACCAGCUUCCCCUUCGGGCACAUCGAAGUCCAGAUAGCAGUGGAGGGUGGUGCUUUAGCUGGGAUGAGGACUCACUUCUCUUACAACUCAAAGAUGGUCUUGGAGAAGGUGUUGAAGUUAUCUAUGUAGGUUCUCUUAAAGAAGAGAUUGAACCUAGUGAGCAAGACGAUGUAGCCCAGACAUUGCUUGAAACUUUUAAAUGUGUCCCGGCAUUUAUCCCUCCUGACCUUUUUACUAAAUUUUAUCAUGGAUUCUGUAAACAACAUCUAUGGCCUUUAUUUCACUACAUGCUCCCUUUAUCACCGGAUCUUGGUGGCCGGUUUGAUAGGUCCCUUUGGCAGGCUUAUGUUUCUGUGAACAAAAUAUUUGCAGACAAAGUAAAGGAAGUGAUUAGCCCUGAGGAUGAUUAUGUGUGGGUUCAUGACUACCAUUUGAUGGUUUUGCCAACAUUUUUGAGGAAGAUAUUUAAUAGGGUGAAGCUUGGGUUCUUCCUUCAUAGUCCAUUCCCAUCAUCUGAAAUAUAUAGAACACUUCCUGUAAGGGAUGAACUUCUGAGAGCACUUCUGAACUCUGACCUUAUUGGUUUUCAUACAUUUGAUUAUGCAAGGCAUUUCCUCUCUUGUUGCAGUAGAAUGCUCGGUCUUUCUUAUCAAUCCAAGCGAGGUUACAUAGGGCUUGAGUAUUUUGGUCGGACAGUCAGCAUCAAGAUUCUCCCUGUUGGGAUUCAUAUUGGUCAGCUCCAAUCCGUGCUCAAUCUUCCCGAGACAGAAUCUAAGGUUGCAGAGCUACAUGACCAGUUUAGGGGUCAAGCUGUAAUGCUAGGGGUUGAUGACAUGGACAUCUUUAAAGGAAUCAGCUUGAAACUUUUGGCAAUGGAACAGUUACUCACACAACAUCCUAAUAAGAGGGGUGAAGUUGUUUUGGUUCAAAUUGCAAACCCAGCAAGAGGCCGAGGAAGGGAAGUACAGGAGGUCCAGUCUGAAACUAAAGCUGCAGUGAGGAGGAUCAAUGAGACAUUUGGAAGUCCAGGAUAUACUCCAGUGGUUUUGAUUGACAGGCCACUUCAGUUUUAUGAGCGCAUUGCUUAUUAUGCAAUUGCAGAGUGUUGUCUUGUUACAGCAGUGAGGGAUGGGAUGAAUCUGAUACCCUAUGAAUAUAUCAUAUGUCGACAAGGAAAUGAGAAGCUGGAUGAGACAUUAGGACGGGAUCCAUCAGCCCCAAGAAAGAGCAUGCUGGUUCUUUCGGAGUUUAUUGGAUGCUCCCCAUCACUGAGUGGUGCAAUCCGAGUAAAUCCAUGGAAUAUUGAUGCUGUGGCUGAAGCUAUGAAUUCUGCCCUGGUAGUCCCUGAGCCAGAAAAACAGAUGCGACAUGAGAAGCACCAUAGGUAUGUGAGUACGCAUGAUGUUGCAUAUUGGGCACAUAGUUUCUUGCAGGAUCUUGAAAGGGCAUGUAGGGAUCAUGUGAAGAGGAGGUGCUGGGGAUUUGGUUUUGGUUUGGGUUUUCGAGUCAUUGCUUUGGAUCCAAAUUUCAGAAAAAUUUCAGUUGAACAUAUUGUUUCUGCUUAUAAGAGGACCAAUAACCGAGUGAUUCUUUUGGAUUAUGAUGGUACUAUGACGCUGCCAAGUUCAACUAGGACUCCAAAUAUGGAGACUGUUGGAGUCUUGAACAGCUUGUGUACAGACCCUAAGAAUGUUGUUUUCCUUGUUAGUGGGAGAGACAGGGAGACUCUUACCGAAUGGUUUUCUUCCUGUGAAAAGCUUGGCAUUGCUGCAGAACAUGGUUAUUUCGUGAGGACCAAUCAUGAUGCAGAAUGGGAAACAUGUGUAUCUGUACCAGAUUUUGAUUGGAAACGUAUUGCUGAGCCAGUAAUGAAACUAUACACUGAAACAACUGAUGGUUCUGCCAUUGAGACGAAAGAGAGUUCACUUGCUUGGAAUUACCAGUACGCAGAUCCAGAUUUUGGUUCAUGCCAGGCUAAGGAGCUUCUAGAUCACCUGGAAAGUGUUCUUGUCAAUGAGCCAGUUACUGUCAAGAGCGGUCAACACACUGUAGAAGUUAAACCCCAGGGUGUUAGAAAAGGUCUUGUGGCCGAACGCCUCCUAGAUACAAUGAAACUGAAGGGAAAGCUUCCUGACUUUGUUCUCUGCGUUGGGGAUGACCAGUCUGAUGAGGACAUGUUUGAGGUGAUAUUGAGUGCAAGAUCUGGCCCCUCUCUUUCCCCAGUUGCUGAAGUGUUUGCAUGCACUGUUGGCCGAAAGCCCAGCAAGGCCAAGUACUACUUGGAAGACACUUCUGAGAUUUUGAGAAUGCUACAAGGCCUUGCCAGUGCUUUGGAGCAGGAUGCCAGAAGUGCCCCCCAAUCCUCUCAGCAGGUGAUUAUUGACAGAGAGUAAUCAUCCCUUUAUCUCCUUGUACUGUGUCUUGUCUAAGUAUAUAUUGAAAAUGUUCUAUGCUUGAGGAUUUCCUCGACCCCUUUGAGGCAUUUACGUGGUGUUCAGAACGAUGUUUGGAGGUCUAGAUCUUGUGUCUGUCCAUUACAUGGAUAGCUUUUCCAACUUUCGUUGCACAGUAAUUGUGAUUUUUAUCGCGAGUAGAUAGAUUAUGCUAAACGUAUAGCUCAUUUGUUUUA